CAAAGCACCACUUGCUGGUUAGCAAAAAUGAGCUCUUCCAGUAUUUUAAUUUUGAACGUUGACUGCCUCAGCUAUCUGCUGCCUUAUCUAUCUAUUGACGAUCAAAUAAGUUUUGCACAAGUCUGUCAAAGCUUUCGCGAGGUAUUCGUAGCUUGGGCCGGUAAACAUUAUCGUCAGUUCACGAUUGACGAGAACAGCUCAAGGCAGCAGCUGAUCAGAUUCUGCAUUUGCCGUGAAUCCGUCGAAGAGCUGACCAUCGAUCUGGAUCACUUUGAUACUUCGCGAGCACUUAGAAGCUAUGGAUGCAUAGCACCCAUCAAUUGCGCUAGCAUAUUAAGUUUAGCAUUGACAGGCAUGAUAAGCCUGAACAGAUUAACAGUCAAACAGCUUAAAUUUCUGCAUACUCCGAUUGAGCAGCCCUUUGAGAAUAUUUUAACCGCAGUUAAGGACCUAAGCCAGCUCAAUGUCUUAGAGUUGCAUGCUGUUAAUGAUUUUACCUUUGACAGUUUAAGCUUACUGAAACAUCUGGAGGAAUUACACUUGACUUUACAGCAAUUGAGCGCCGCAACUUUAACCAAUUGCUGCAAAUCGAAUCCCAAUCUACGUUAUCUGCACCUUGGCUUUUCCAGUGUCCAACGGAAUCUCACCAAUAUUGUGCCUUACUGUGCCAAACUGGAGACUCUUCGGUUUGGCAUGAUAGCGGAAGCAUCGGAAUACAAGGCACUUGCCAAGCUACCUAAGCUCAGGCAGCUCAUAUAUUACGGAGUUCGGGCCACUAACUCUUUUGAGCCACUCCUCAUUAAUUUGGCUGCACGGCAGCAGCUUCAGCGUCUAGACAUCGAUGGAGGCACCCUUACCCCUGCAGAGACCCAACAAAUUGUUCGGCUAAGUGGAUUGCAGCAACUGAAGUGCUUCUGCUCUACAGCUGAAUGUGUGGAGAUGCUAGCACAGCUAACACAGCUGCAGAAGCUCAGCAUCUGGAUGUCCAGCAGAGUCGAUAUAUCUGCUGCUAUGCUAAAAGUUAUAGCAGAAUGCAAGCAGCUGCAGCGCGUGCGCAUUGCAUCGGGCAGCAUAAAACCUGAUUUCAUUGAUGACGUCUCCGAACUAUUCUUUGCAAUCGAAACAGACCCGGAUCAACGAUCGCUGAAGCUUGAAGUUCCAAUUUCGCAAUACGCGGCUCGUAAACAGAAGCUGUCUAAAGGAAACAAAGUUCUAAGCUGGUCAGAGUUUGAGUUUGCAUCGUGGAGAAGCCCAAUUUAAACUAAUAAGGCUAUCAUGCUGAUGGGACCACCUCAUGCGCGUAAAAUGAUAUAUGUAUAAUGAUGAUGCUGUUACUGCCUGCAUUUGUCAGGCAGGCAGGCAGACAACAGGCAGAGGAGCUGAAGAGGUUCGAUUGUCGGCAAGUGGAACCCAUCACGAGCACAACGGCAACAUUACAGAUACCAACAAUAGCGCACACAACAGCAACAGCAGAAGCAACAGCACCAACAAUUGCAACUGCAAAUGCAGCAACAUGGUAAAGUUAAAAUAAACAUACAUUGUUGCUGAAAAUUUCCUUUCGCCAGGGUGCUGUGCUCAGUAAAAGCAAAAGCAAAAGCCGGAAAGUGAAACGAGCUACGUCUGAAGUGAAAGAAAAAUAGCAACAGGCAACAAACAACAGCACACAAUGCACUACAACCAACAAUGGCAACAAUGCACUUGAGGCGACCCUGUUAUCGAAAUGUAUUACAUAUAAAUUUACUUAUUAUUCCACUUUUGCUACCGAAUACUUAUUUUGGUCAGCAUUCGUGCUAAUUGAAACACAAAAAAUUAUAAUGGAAAUCGUAAUACUCUUGUGUCUUUCAUAUUAUCAAUUCAACUGCUAUCACGUAUAAUCGAUGAUGUGCUCAUAUCUGCUUCUAUUUGGGUUCGAUCAAGGAGCAACCUUGAAUCGAAGAUUAUGAUUCUAGACUGAGCCCGAAUAAGCUUAAUAAGAGCUGGGCCUAAGCAGCAAAAGACACUCGUAAUUUUAUCAAUAAAAUUGAACGACAGUCCAAAGUACCCACUGAGCCAACAUGAAUAUUUUAUGGCAAUGUGUGAAGCCGCACAUUAUUAAUUAAAAUUUGCUCCAUCAACAACAACAACAACAACAACAACAACAACGAGAACAACACGUAGAGCAGCAGCGUGUGUGGAAUUACGGCAAACGAGGCGGCAGUAAAAACUUCCAAUUACUCAAGCGUGUCCUCAUCCUUCUUCAACAACGGCAGCAAACACAACACAGGGACAUAACAUAAACGUCCAUACAAAUAUAUAUAAAAUUGUGCGCAUGUGUGUGUGUAUUUGCAUUUAAUAUCCUUUUCUUUGAAUAAUUCAUGCAUAUAGGGCUGACCAAACGACUGAACAGCAUCAACUGCACACCGCGGCGUUGCAGGGCACAGGCAAAAGGCUGAUGACCGAACGGCUUCCAUUUGAUUGUUGUUGUUGUUAUUGUUGUUGCUGCUGCUGCUGUUGCUCUUGCUGCUUCUGGGCUUUUUUAACGCAUACCGAUGGCGAAACUUAUUAAUUGGCACUUGAGCUGUGGUUACCACAGCUCGACAGAGUCCACAUUUUUUUCUUUUGCCGUGGGCUCAACCAAAGCGCGCCGUCAUUCAAAUUUUUGAGCAGGCAUAAUUUAACAACUUUUUCGUCCAAGGGCUGCGCCCGUCCCUUUGGAUAUUGGAUGUUCAACAUCGCUGGUAAUCCACUCAAGUAACAAGCUAUAACAACCACAACAGCAACAAUAACAGUAGCAAAAUUUACACGAGACUGACAAUGACAGAGCAACAAGAUUGGCGAACAUACCGAAACAGCAGCAAUAACAAGGGAAUACCCUACAAUCGAUUUAAAUCGAGGCUAGAGUGCUUCUCAUUGAAUAGCUUAAAAAUUGCUCAGAUUUCUUUUGAUAUAAAUUAUAACUCUGUACAAAUACGCUCAGAUAAUGGGUUAUUGCUACAAGCCAGUUGUUAGCUUUAAAGUUACCUGUGGGUAAAGUUAGUAUACGUAUUGCGGAUAACUGCAUAUGUCGUUGACUGACUGACAUUUUGACGCACAGGAGACAGCCUCAUAUCCCCCAGUGACUGCGCUAUCGUCACGUUUUAACAUUUAAAUUAAAAUGUUUCGCUUAAAAGAAAGAGAGCUGCAAAAAUUGCUUACGCCUGGCAAGAGCACAAAAAAAAUCUCAGCCACAUCCCCUUAAAAAAAAAAAACAAAAGAAAGACAAAAAAAACAAAAAUGUAUAAAAAAUGAGUGCGCUGCUUUUUUCGCUGCCCUGUUUGGCGCUGUCUUUUGCAGUUGGCGCGUUUGCCAGCUGCACUUGAAAGCCGCCUUGUUGGCCAUCAGUGCCAGCGGCAGUGGCCGGUUUGGCCAUCGCCUGCACCAUCGCCAUCGCCAUCGCCAACGCCAUCUACAUUUAUUCUUCUUCUUCAUUUAUUCAAUGCCGCGCUGUUGCCAUCAACAGCGUCGGUCACACGGCGUAUCAGUGUUAUUCGAGGGGGCUUAUACGCUAUACAAGAGCUUUUCAGCUCACUUUUUACCAAACGAUGAACAAGAAGAUGAAAUAAACCAAUAACUAUAUAUGUAUGCAAAUUUUUGGAGUCGACU